AUGUCCAACGCCGAAAUCCCGUCGCAAGAGGCCAUGCGGUGGGUCGUCGUCCUUCGUGCGCUCUCGAAAUACCAGAGGGCGAUUGGCCAGGCCGCGGUGUUCGUGAUGUUGGGUGUCUGCCUGUGGUUGUCGUUGUAUGACCCAGACCCAGACACACUGAGGAAGUUUGUGGUGUGCGGGUGUAAGGUGGUUAUAGUGGGGGUGGGGUUGGUAUUAUAUGUGGCGUUUUUGAACGUAGAGAUGGAGCGUUGUGGGAAAGCCUAG